AUGGUAGAAAAAGAUCUGGAAGUUAGCGACCAGAAGAGCAGAGAGAAAGAUGCAGCAUUUUAUCAGGAAGAAGCUAUGGUGAAUGAAACAGAAAAAUAUAAUGAAUCCGUGGAUUAUAACAAGAUUCAAAUUCCGGACGGUGGAUACGGCUGGGUUGUUUGUAUGUGUUACUUUUUCCUUAACUUUUGUACGUGGGGUUCCAAUUCUGGGUUUGCCAUUUAUUUGUCAUAUUAUCUAGAAAGUAAUCGAUUCCCAGGAGCUACGAAAUUGGAUUUUGCUGCUAUUGGUGGGUUAGCUUUUGGUGCUGGGUUAAUAUUUGCACCAUUAAUUAAUUAUUUUGUGAUUAAGACCAGUGUGAAAACAUCCAUUGCUGUUGGGAUUGUUUUGCAAGGUGCUGCGUUGUUGCUAUGUGCAUUUGCGACAAAAUUAUGGCAAGUGUUUUUGACACAGGGUUUAUUGGUAUCGUUUGGGUUAGCAUUCAUUUCUAUUCCGGCAACUAACAUCAUCUCUCCAUGGUUUAGAAGAAAAAGGACGUUGGCUCUUGGGAUCGGUGCGUCAGGCUCAGGAUUAGGUGGUAUUCUUUUCAAUUUGGCAAUGCAAAGGAUUGUCGAAGUGAAGUCAUUGAAAUGGGCAUUGAUCUCUCAAUGUAUUAUCAAUUCUGUGUUAAGUACCGUUGCUCUAUUAUUAAUUAGAACAAGAGAUAACGUUGUGCGUGAAACGGCUAAGGAAAUGCCCAAAUUUUUUGAGUUAUCCCUACUGAAGAACGCUGCUGUAUGGUUCUUGAUUUUUUACGUGAGUUGCACAAUGUUGGGAUACGUUGUACUAUUAUAUUCACUUAGUGCCUUCGCCGUAUCCCUAGGUUACUCACAGAAACAAGGUUCCAUUGUCUCUUGCAUGAUCAGUGUUGGUGGAUUUGUCUUUCGACCAGCUGUUGGUCAUGUUGCUGAUAAAUACGGGCCUGUAACUGUGGGGAUCAUAGUUCAUGCUAUUGUUGGUAUCAUAUGUCUUGCCAUGUGGAUCCCAUGCAGAAAUCUUGCCACUGCCAUUGCAUUCGGGCUCCUAUCCGGUGCAUUAAUGGGUAGUAUCUGGCCAUUACAAACAAGUAUCAUUUCCAGAAUCGGUGGUCUUAACAAGUUACCAGCCAUUUAUUCUUUCACCUGGCCUUGUAUCGGCAUGAUGUCCAUUGUUUCCCCAAUCAUUGGUCUAAGACUACGUAGUAACGAUCCAACAGUUGCCAACCAAUACGUGAAUACAGCCAUUUUCUCCGGUAUGGGAUAUUUCGGAGCUGCAUUUUUCCUAUGGAUGAUUCGUGGGUAUCUAAUAGCUCGUGACAAGCUCGCCAUGGUUGCAAAGACAGGUCACGACGAUGGUGAAUUGCAUUUACACGUCACGAUUCCGGAACUCUUGAAAGGUCUACUGACAAUCGGACGACUACCAAGAAAAGUUUGA